AUGGAAUCACCUAACGGUAUGUAUCUCACUGUAGAUUUUCACUACAACAAAAUGUUUGCACCAAACCCGUUAGUGUACCUAGACCCUAUAAGAAUUACUUAUGAAAGAUUGGCAGAGGGUAUUAGAAGAAUCGACAAUGAUGCUGAUUAUUUUGAGUUUAUUGAAGAUGGUUACAUGGCUAAGAACGAGCUAAGAAUGAAUGUCUACAUUGACCACCAAAACGAACCUAUUGUUGACUGGGCCGAUAAGGAGAUGUUAACAGGUGAUGAGGUGUCUGAUUUGGUGUAUACUUUUGACAAAACAGUUGAUGAUGAAUUUUUGAACAAGUGUGGUAAGCCCAUUCUUAAUAGUAAUCAAGAAGUAAAUGAUGAUGAUGAUGUCAGUGAUGAAGAUGAUGAGGUUGUGUUCCCUGUUUUUGAUGAGAAUCAAGAAUGGGAUAAAAUGGUCCCAGUUUUAGGUAUGAAGUUUUCCAACCCUCUUGAAUUGAAGCUAUGUCUAACUAACUAUGCUGUCAAAAUGGGUAUGAUUUAUGUUAAGAUGGAGGUGGAUGUGAUGCCUGAUGGAGAAACAUACUUCUCAAAGUUUUAUGUGUGUUUAAAGGGUUUGAAGGAUGGAUGCAGAGAGGGUUAUAGGAGGGUAAUUGGAGUAGAUGGUUGUUUCUUAAAGGGCAUAUGCAGAGGUCAGUUGCUUGCAACCAUUGGGAGGGAUGCAAACAACCACAUAUAUCUUGUUGCAUGGGCUGUGGUUGUAAUGGAAAAUAAAGAAACAUGGAAGCGGUUUCUUGAUCUUCUGAUUGAUGACAUUGGAAUGGGUGUUGGGCAUGGACUAACCAUAAUAUCAGACCAACACAAAGUUGAUAGGAGUUGUGAUGCAUAUGAAAAUGGUGUUUCUGAAAGUCUUAACUCAGUGAUUGAAACUACUAGGAAGAAACCACUCAUUACCAUGUUAAAAGAAAUCCGGAUUUAUGUAAUGGAAAGGUUGUGUAUAUACAAGACCAAGGGGCUGCAUGUUAGCGGCCACCAAGCAACCACCGUCGAGGAACCUACUCUAGGACCAUUCUUCUUCUCCUUCAACAGUCGCUGCUGUCGGCAACGUGUGUGCAACUGCAAGUACCACCACAUUCUUCUUCUUCUACUGCUAUUGUGGUCGUUCAUGAUGGCACUUCUUCUUGGAUCUUCAAUGCUACAUUACAGCCACGUCUGCCGCCCGCCGUUCGCCGUCACUCCGGCAUUGCCCACCUUCAUGGAGGAGUGA